CUGCAGCCGUGUAAUCGUAAUAAUCGAAGUACCAUCUGUAUAAGUUUGUAUUUUUGUGUCAUAAGGUUGUUUAUGAAGAGUUGUGGAUACAAUAAAAAUUUAAAUUAUUCAGUAUGCCAAUUUUAGAUAAACGUAAAGGGGAUGAUAUUUUAGCAUUAGUUCCUGCUUCAAAAAGGACUAAAAAUGAAGUGGUCUUUAGUAGCAGAGAAAAAGCAGUUGUACAGAAUGGACCACCAAGAACAUCUAACUUAUUUGCACCAAUUAUGCUCCUUGAGGGCCACCAAGGAGAUAUAUUUUCUCUUGAGUUUCAUCCUGAGGGUCAAUAUCUUGCUUCUACAGGCUUUGAUAGACAAAUUUUUAUUUGGAACGUAUAUGGUGAAUGUGAAAAUAUUUCUGUAAUGACUGGACACAGUGGAGCAAUCAUGGAAUUACAUUUUAGUCCUGAUGGUAAUCAUUUAUACACAGCUAGUACAGAUAUGACACUAGGUCUAUGGGAUAUAGUGGCUGGAACUAGGAUUAAAAAACUGAAAGGUCAUACCUCCUUUGUAAACUCUGUUUCUGGAGCAAGGAGAGGUCUUACACAACUUUGUUCAGGUAGUGAUGAUAGUACUAUACGUGUUUGGGAUCCUAGGAAAAGAGGACAGUGUUACACACUAAACAAUACAUAUCAGGUCACUGCUGUAACAUUUAAUGACACAGCAGAACAAGUUAUAAGUGGUGGAAUAGAUAAUGAUAUAAAAGUCUGGGAUUUAAGGAAAAACUCUAUUCUUUAUAAGCUUAAGGGACAUUCUGAUACCAUAACUGGAUUAAGUCUUAGUCCAGAUGGUUCCUACAUACUUUCUAAUGCUAUGGAUAACACAUUAAGAAUUUGGGAUGUAAGGCCGUUUGCUCCUUACGAACGUUGUGUUAAAAUUCUUUCUGGACAUCAACAUAAUUUUGAAAAGAAUCUUUUGAGGUGUGCAUGGUCACCAGAUGGUAGUAAAGUAUCAUCUGGAUCAUCAGAUAGGUUUCAUUAUGUUUGGGAUACUACAAGUCGUAGGAUAUUGUAUAAAUUACCCGGUCAUAAUGGUUCUGUAAACGAUAUCGAUUUUCAUCCAAAGGAACCAAUUGUUUGCUCUGGAUCUAGUGAUAAACAAAUAUAUUUAGGAGAAAUUGAAACGACACAGUAAAACGACACAUUCAUUAAUUUUUAUACUUAAGGACUUGUUGAAAACAAAAUAGUUCAAUAUAAAAUUUAAUUAAGUAAAAAAUCCUAAA